AUGGAGGCUGGAAUCGGGGUUUUGGGUAACAAGGUCGGCAUGCUGACGUGGUUCACUGAGGACGGCAAGGCCGUUCCCUGCACGGUGAUUGGCUUCCACGAGGGUAACAUUGUUACGCAAGUGAAGACCACCGACACCGAUGGUUACAAUGCUGUGCAGGUGGGUUACCGGCGUGUGCGCGAGGGGCGCUUGUCGAAGCCCGAGGCGGGGCACGCGAAGAAGAGCGGCGCGCCGCCGUUGCGCCACCUGCAGGAGUUCCGCCUGCCCGCGGAGACCGUGGCGCAGUUCACGCCCGGGCAGCAGAUCAAGGUGGAGGAGCUCUUCCAGGCGGGCGACCUCGUGGAUAUCAAGGGCGUCAGCAUCGGCAAGGGAUUUGCUGGUGGCAUCAAGCGGUGGAACUUUGCCCGUGGUCCCAUGACCCACGGUUCCAAGUCGCACCGUCAGCUGGGUUCCAUCGGUGCUGGUACCACCCCCGGUCGCGUCUACCCUGGAAAGAAAAUGCCAGGGCAGCUGGGUAACGCCCAGGUGAAAAUCCGGAAGCUGAAAAUCAUGAAGGUUGACCCUGAGCUCCGGGCGGUUAUUAUUCGGGGGGCUGUGCCCGGGAAGGCCGGAAAUUUGCUGCGCAUCUGCCCGGCAAAGAUUGUGGGGAAGAAUGUGCCCGCCAAGUGA